UUUGUUUUACUUUUUCAGAUGGCAGAGGGAGACAAAAAGUCUGCCAAGAAGAAGCACGGGAGCCGGAACCCGGUUCUGGCCCGGGGCAUUGGCCGCUACUCCCGUUCCGCCAUGUAUGCCCGGCGGGCUAUGUACAAGAGGAAGACCAAGACAACUGAGACCAAGAUGGAGAAAAAGAUUAAGGUGAAGCCCCAGGCCACUGUUGUCAAGACUGUUGGAGGAGACAAGAACGGAAGCACUCGUGUGGUCAAGCUGCGCAAGAUGCCCCGCUACUACCCCACAGAGGAUGUUCCCCGUAAACUGAAGAGUCAUGGAAAGAAGCCCUUCAGCCAGCACAAGAGGAACUUGCGCGGUACCAUCACCCCAGGAACUGUCCUCAUUCUGCUCACUGGUCGCCACCGCGGAAAGCGUGUGGUUUUCCUGAAGCAGCUCUCAAGUGGUCUCCUGCUUGUCACUGGCCCUCUUGCUUUGAACAGAGUUCCCCUGCGCAGGGCUCACCAGAAAUUUGUCAUUGCCACCAACACCAAAAUCGACAUCUCUGGCAUGAAGAUCCCCAAAACUCUGAACGAUUCUUACUUCAAGAAGAAGAAGCUGAGGAGGCCCCGUCACCAGGAGGGAGAGAUCUUUGAUACAGAGAAAGAGAAGUACCAGCUGACAGAGCAGAGGAAGGAGGACCAGAAAGCUGUUGAUGCUCAGCUCCUGCCCCUCAUCAAGAAAGUACCUCAGCUGAAAGGAUACCUGCGCUCUUCCUUCUGCCUGUCUAAUGGUGUCUACCCACAUAAGUUGGUUUUCUAAAUGUGUUGUAAUAAAAGUACCAUCUUACGCCA